AUGUUUCCUUUAACGUGGUUGUCCUGGUGUUCGCCGAUAGAAACGCAUCGUCCACUAAGUCAAGAAGCUUCCAGGCCUACGAAGCCUCGGCAGAUAUGGUUUGAUAAGCCUCUAGGUCCUUAUCAUAACCCAAGUUCUGCUUGGUUGAAAAUUUUUGGUGUAUCGCUGUUUUGUUUAUGCCUCGCUUUACCCACCUAUCUCGGAUCCAGCAAGAUCCAUGCGAAUAUCGACUACCGAGAGCUUCUUCCAGCCGAUUCGCCUAGUGGUAAAGGCGUUCACUUUAUGAACGACGUUGUGUGGCCAGAGUUCUUCAAUGUGCUGUUUUUCAUUGAACGACCACCCACCUUCGAUGACCCUUCAUCGUAUAAAAGAUUUAAAGAAAUGAUCUCUGAAAUCGAAUCACUUCCGGGUACUGUGAAUAAUUCGGGUAUGAUGUGGAUUAAUGACUUCAAACGUCACACAGACAUGAAGGACAAUGUAUCUGCUCUGGACAUGUCGUUAUUCGAAGAUUUUAUUACACAUGACGUCUACAAGGCUUGGAAAUCUGGAGUACGGUAUCGGAUAGAGAAGUGA